CACUCUGUCGUGAGUUGUAGCCAAACGCGCGCUCGCUCACCCACACUAGCACGCGCCACACACACAACAACAGUGAUGUACCGGGAGCGCGCGCUAAGCUCGUGCCCGCGCCCGUUCACUUCAGCAGUAGUUUGUGAGCGGGGACUGAUCCGGUAACCGGACAUGGGCUCGCGGCUCGGCAGGCAGGGCAGUCUGGAGCAGUCCCGCCCGAACCGAGCCUCCGAAACCGGGGACAGGACCGAGCCUGCAGCCGCUGGAGGUUCUGCAGGUGGAGGUUCUGGUGGAGAGUUUCUGUUCUCCUCCCUCGUGCUGAGGUCCGAGAAGCUGCCCGGGGUUCUGCGCAGGUCCAGUCCGAGCCCGUACCAGCGCAGGGUGGCGUGGGUUCGGCAGAUCCAGAAGCUGCUGAAGGAGCAGAGGGUGGAGGAAGCUGGAGAAGCGCUCAGACUGCUCCGCAAGGAUCUGGGUCUAGAGGGAUCAUCUCUGAAUGAUGUUCUGUAUAAGAACUCCGCCUUCCUGAACAUGGUGGAUCCGAUUUCUCAUGAGCUGCUGCUGAGCCUGGCCCGAGACAUGCAGUGCCCGAAGCGGGAGGCGAACGCCCUGAAGUCUUCAGAUAAGAUCUGCCGGCAGCUGGUGUAUCACCUCACCCCCCACUCCAAGUGGACAAGACAGAGCGUCCCCAAGAGAAAGUCCCAUGCCUGUCUAAAGACGACCCUGAAGAAGAAAUUGACGGGUGACACCGUGGACCUGUCCGGUAUCCCCCUGUCCGGGCGGGACGUCCAGCGUGUGGUGUUUUACCUGCACAGUUACGGCUCCUCGGUGGAGGCGGUGGACCUGAGCUUCACAGAGCUGCAGGACGAUGGCCUGCGCCAGCUGCUGCCCGCCCUCGGCCUGCUACCCAAACUCUCCACCCUCGCCGUCAACGGCAACCGCCUGACCACCGCCAUCCUGAAGGACCUGACUGAGGCACUGAAGGACACAAAGAGCUUCCCCAGCUUGGCCUGGGUCGACCUGGGCAACAACGUGGACAUCUUUACCCUGCCUCAGCCCCUGCUGGUGGCUCUACGGCGGCGCUAUGGCCUGCGGAGCAGCCUGCCCACAAUCUACGAGUACCGGGAGAGGCAAGACGGACCCACCGGCCUGGAGGCGUCCACUGAGGAGGACGAAGAUGAACCAGAGCCCUGGAGCACGGAGGAGAACGCCGGGAACAUCACGCUGCACUUCACUCAGAGGUGAUAUGGUCAGGGUUCUGCGUGGUCCUCCACUGGUAGCAGGUUAAUCGCUCUCUGGAAAACAGAAGCGAUUCCGAGAGUCAGAACCAGACCCUCCCCAGAGCGUGACGGAUCCCUGGAACAAGAGGGAGAACAGCAGGAACAUCGCAUGGAACUGUGAACUGUGAUUGUGAGGUGAUUGGAGGAGUUCCGUUCUGUUCCUAUUGGGUUCUCCAGAGUUCUUUAAGCUCCUCCAUAAUUUACAUGGUUCCUCAGAGAGGGUUCUCCAUGUUUCCCCUCGAUUCUUCAGGCAUCUCCUAGAUUCUACGGGGUUCUAGUCUUUUCCAGGGUUCUACCACAUUCUCGAUGGUUCCUCAGGGUUCUAAAGUUCUUGCCCUCUGGAAAUCUGAGAUUCUCUGGAGUCCUCCAGGAUUCUCCAAAAUUCCCCUGGAUUGUCCAAAGCUCUGCAGGGUCCCUCAGGGUACCCUGGGUUCUCCUGGGUUCUUCACAGCAGUUUAUACUUCUGUGUAGACGCAGCAUGUUGUGUAUGGUGUAUGAUGUGAGUGUUUAUACUGGUAAGCAGGUGUGUGUGUGAGUAUUUAUACAGGUGUGUGUGUGUGUGUGUGUGCGUGCGUGCAUGUGUGUGUUUGUGUGUUUGCUGCCUCUGCUCGUUAGCGGAGACCCAACACAGCUAGCCGAGAGACACAGCAGCACUGUGUCUCUAAACACAGUAUAAACAUAUAAACAUGUAUUAGGAAAGUAAUUACAGGUGAUUGUCCGGUUAUAGCUAUUGAGAUAUACUCAAUAUAUUUAUGUAAGCUGUACUGAUGUACUGCUGUUGGUCAGUGAUGGGUGCGUGUUGGGUCAGUAGUUGGUGAGUGAUGGGUAAGUGUUGAGUCAGUUGUGAGUGAUGAGUGAGUGGUGGGUCAAUGGUUGGAGCACCAGGUUGUUGAUUAGAUUAUGUUGUGAGUGGAUCAGUGGUGGGUCAGUAGUGGGUGAGUGGUGGGGCAGUGGUGGGUCAGUAGUGAAGUGAGUGGUGGGGCAGUGUUGGCUCAGUAGUCGGUCAGUGGUGGGUGAGUGGUGUGUCAGUAGUGGGUAAGUGGUGGGGCAAUAAUGGAUGAGUGGUAGGGCAGUGGUAGGUCAGAAGUGCAUCAGUGGUGGGUCAGUGUUGGGUGCCUCAGAACCAAUAUUUAUGCUGUUAUUACAGGAUUGUUAAUGUGUAAUUACACAGUUAUUACAGACACUUAUAAAUUGGAACAAAGUGAUUCAUUGAGCCAUAUUCAUCGAGUGUCAGAUAUAGAGCCCCUCCCCCCCAAAACAGCGGUAAUAAGCCCCCCCCCCCCCCCCCUAAAUCAGUGAUAAGUCCCUCCCCAAACCAGCUCUGAUUGGGUCCUAGGGGUGGAGUCAUUCAGGUAAAAUUCAGAAUUUCUUGAACAUCUGGGUGAAUUUACUCUCAGUUUUUUAUUUUGAUUUUAUUGUGUGUUAUUGUUGCUUUGUGUUGUUUAUGAUUGUGUUGUUUAUUAAUGUGUUUAUAUGUUCAGUUCUGUCUGUGGUUCUGAUUCUGAUACAGUCAGUCUGAUUUGACUGGUCAUUAAUAUGCAUGAGCUCAUCAGCCUGAAUGCAUUUUGAUUGGCUGUCCCAAUCAACACAGUAUUUAAUACACUAUUUACACGCUUUAUAGAUUGAUUAUUAUUAUGAUUAUUAUAUAUUUAUAAUAAACGCUGCAUUAGCACGUAUCUCCUCCCACUGUUUCUGGUGUUUUUAUGAAUAUUUCUGUGAUGUUUCCUGAUUAUUUUGUAUCACUUUUAAAAUAUUGAUGUAAACAAAAUAAA